UUACCGUCGCCAAUGGACUUCAGCAAUGCCAGGGGCAGAGCCAAACCGCUGCCUACUGCUAAGUUGCUGGGUGCAUUAGUGCUUACGGCCUGGUACUUGCUAACUGGUCACUGGAGCCCAUUGACAUCAGCCACGUUAAUGCCGCCGCCCAUCUUGAGAUAUGAAUUCUAACUCUCCGUUUUUACAGUAGGUACCUACAUGAUAACUUUUUAAAGGAUAAUACCUACUACAGUCAAACCUGGGUAAGUGAGAACUGGAUAAGUAAGAAAACUCUAUAAGUGAGAGUAAUAGCAAGGACCCGUCAUUUUAAGCUCCCAAAACCUCUAUUAGCGAGAAACAGAAACCUCUGUAAGAGAGAGUCGUUUUUUCCUCAUGGACCUCCGUAAGUGAGACUGCUACCUAUCUAUACCUCUAUAAGCGACAGCCGAGCUUUAUUUAUUUAUUUAUAUUAUUUAGGAGGAACAAAUGACAAAACAAAUUACAAAUUUAACAUCUGCUAUUUUAUGACUCAUUUUUAACUUUCGUGGAACUUCUUAUCAUUGUUUUUGUAUUGUUUUCUCGUGAAUAUUGAACAUAUUCUAUUUCGUGGAACUAAAUAACGUUGUUAUUUUAUCGUAUUCUUUUAUCGCAUUAUUUUCAAAUGGACACGUGUGCCUGUGUACCGUCCUGUUUCUGUUCUGCAUCAUGUAAAAACGGAAAAUUAAAAUACUGUCAUUAAAGUCAUAAACUUAAAAUAGUGAAUGCAUUUGAAUGCGGAAAAUCGCGAAUCGAAAUUCAGAGGGAGCAUUAGCGAGAAACUCGGAAUUCCAAAUACCAACAAUCGAUACGGACAAAAAGCGUCUGGCAAUCAUCGUUCCGUUCCGAGACCGCUUCGAAGAGCUCCUAGAGUUCGUUCCUCACAUGACCGCCUUCCUGAAGAGACAAGACAUCCCGUUCCACAUCUUUGUGGUUCAACAGAAGGAUAAGAACCGUUUCAAUAGGGCUUCACUGAUAAACGUCGGAUUCUUGAAGACUCGAAGCCAUUACGAAUACAUAGCGAUGCACGAUGUCGACCUUCUGCCACUUAACGACAAUCUGAAGUAUGAAUAUCCAGAAAAGGGGCCAUGUCACAUUCCGUCACCAGAAACGCAUCCGAAAUACAGCUACAAGUACUACGCCGGCGGCAUAGUGUUGGUAACUAGGGAACAUUACGAGCUGGUGAACGGAAUGUCCAAUCAGUACUGGGGCUGGGGGAUGGAGGACGACGAAUUCUACGUGAGAUUGAAGGAUGCGGGUCUCACAUUCAACAGACCCAGCAAUAUAACAACGGGACGAAAAAACACAUUUAGGCAUAUCCACGACGACGCGUAUCGUGUCCGGGACAAGCGGCGGUGUUACAACCAGCUCGAGAUGACGCGGCGUCGUGACCGCCGCACCGGACUCCAUGACGUGGCCCACCGCGUGCUGAGCCUCCACAGCCUCACCAUCGACGGGCUGCCGCUGACCGUCCUCAACGUAGAGCUCAUCUGCGACCGGAACGCGACCCCGUGGUGUCAGUGCCCGGAAACCCGAGAACCCGAAAUGCCUUUUACAUCGAACUACGAGAAUCACGUGUUCCAUGAAUUCAAUGUGUGUUAUAAAAAUAAAUGAGUGAUUUAUGCCUUU